UACGCCCCUGCCGCCGCCGCCGCUGCGGCCUCGGCUGCGUCGUCGUCGUCGUCGUCGUCGUCAUCGUCAUCGGCGGCUUCGUCGAGGGGGAGGGCGAACGAGGAGGCGGAGGAGGCGAGGGGGACCGGAUCGCGGGGUGAGACGUCGGGGUUAGCGGUGGCGGGCGAUGGCGGGAGUUUUAGCUUCGAGGAGGAGUACCAGAUGCAGCUCGCGCUCGCGAUCAGCACGUCGGAUCCGGACGGGUUGGAGGAUCCGGAUCUGGUGCAGAUGAAGGCCGCGAAGCGGAUGAGCCUCGGAUGCUCCGCCGCGGUCGGAGGGGCGUCCAGCGGAGGGGAUCAGAGCCUCGCGGAGUUCCUCGCGCUUCGAUACUGGAAUUUUAGUGUUGUGAAUUAUGAUGAGAAGCUUAUGGAUGGAUUUUAUGAUGUAUACGGCGUGAUCGCAAACCCUAGCUUACAAGGGAAGUUGCCUGCCUUGGUGGAUCUCCAAGCAAUUCCUGUUUCGGAGAACAUUGAUUAUGAAGUAGUUGUGGUGAACCGAACCAUAGAUCCUAUGCUUCAGCAACUUGAGAGAAGAGCAAUGACGAUUGCUUCGGAGGAUAAAGCAGAGCAUGGUCUUGUUGCUAGUGGGCUAGUUCAAAAGAUUGCUGAUCUUGUUGUUGAUGUUAUGGGUGGUCCAGUUGAGGAUGCGGAAGAAAUGCAAAGAAGGUGGACUAUCAAGAGCUGUGAGCUUCGUGCUUCACGAAAUAAUAUUAUUCUUCCUCUUGGAUCGCUCGAGGUUGGGUUGUCAAGGCAUAGGGCCUUACUCUUCAAGGUACUUGCUGAUCGAAUAAAUCUACCAUGUAAGCUAGUCAAAGGAAGCUAUUACACUGGUACUGAUGGUGGCGCUGUCAACUUGAUUAAAGUUGAUUUUGACAGCGAAUACAUCGUUGAUCUGAUGGGCGCUCCAGGCACAUUGAUUCCUGCUGAAAGUUCCACCACUCAUCUUCAAAAUUCUGAAAAUUAUCAGCUCAGCUCUGACAUCAUUGAAGAGAGUGUCAAAGAGUUAUGUUUAGCUCUCGAUACUGUUAGCAGCCAGGUUGAGAAGAAAAAUGAACUAUCAGAAAGUUCUUCUGAAACCAACUUUGUUCCCGAAGUUGUAGAUCGACAAUCAAAAGAGAGAGUCCAUUCAGCAGAGGAAAUUGGUGCAAGUAGUAGUGAGAAUAGUCAAACUGAGAGAUUUGAAAAUGAAUAUGGCAACCUUUUAUCUCCUCCAGGUAGAUCUCAAGCAGGCAGCUCAGGCACUAAAGAAGUUAUAUCUCCUGCACAACAGAUGAAAGUUAAUGAUGUCUCCAAGUAUGUAGUUACUGCAGCAAAGAACCCUGAAUUUGCACAAAAGUUGCAUGCUGUACUGCUGGAGAGUGGUGCAUUUCCACCACCUGAUUUGUUUUCCAGUCUAAAUCCUUCCCUCAUAGAAAUUGAGCAAAAUGAGAUGGGAAGCACUUUUGCAUCUAAUAAAGAAGAAACAACAGAUGGUCAACUGCUUGAUAGUUAUUCUGCUUCCCACUUCCAUUCCAGACCCAAUUUGCAUUUACAAUCUUCAAUGCAUGCUCAUAAUAAUGAAGGCCAAAAAUUAAAAGCGUUAUGUGAUGUUGGCAGCUCUUCACCCAGUGUACCAAAUGAUUUGUCGGUGGCUCAUCAUGUAAAUGAUCUGUGGGCUGAAGGCUUUAGUCAACUUGAUAAUACGAUGCUAUCAGGAGCUUUAUGCGGAAAUCAACUUUGGGCUACUUCUGCACCAUAUGAAGUCAACGCAGUCCAAAAGACAAAUUUUGACAAUAGUAAAUCAGAUGACAUGAACUGCUAUAAUAAAAAUGCACAGAUAAUUAUUUAUAAUGCAGAGGCUUCUGGAAAUACUGUCAAGGACUCUGUUGUCAAUAGUUUAGGGAGUAGUGAUAAAGAUAUACCCAGCUUCGAUGGUUCUGUAAAUAAGCGAGUCAAUUCAGUCAUAGAUGAUGUUGCUGAAUGUGAGAUAGCAUGGGAAGAUCUUCAGAUUGGGGAGCGAAUUGGUCUUGGUUCGUAUGGGGAAGUCUAUCGAGCAGAUUUGCAUGGCACUGAGGUUGCUGUGAAGAAGUUCCUUGACCAGGAUUUGUCAGGUGAUGCAUUGGAGCAAUUCAGAUGUGAAGUGAAAAUCAUGUUAAGGCUACGACACCCAAACGUUGUUCUUUUCAUGGGAGCUGUAACACGCCCUCCAAAUCUCUCUAUAUUAACAGAGUUUCUUCCUAGGGGGAGUUUAUAUAGGUUGUUGCAUCGCCCCAAUGUUCAACUUGAUGAAAAGCGAAGGCUCAAAAUGGCACUAGAUGUGGCCAAAGGGAUGAAUUACUUGCACACGAGCCAUCCAACAAUCGUCCAUCGGGAUCUAAAAUCCCCAAAUCUUCUUGUUGAUAAAAAUUGGGUUGUGAAGGUCUGCGAUUUUGGCUUGUCUAGGUUGAAGCAUCAUACUUUCCUAUCGUCAAAGUCAACAGCUGGAACACCAGAGUGGAUGGCGCCAGAGGUCUUACGGAAUGAGCCUUCUAAUGAGAAGUGUGAUGUAUAUAGCUUCGGUAUAAUCUUGUGGGAGUUAGCUACCUUGCGCAUGCCAUGGAGUGGUCUGAAUCCAAUGCAAGUUGUUGGAGCUGUUGGUUUCCAGAACAGACGCCUUGAAAUACCUGCAGAGGUCGAUCCAAUGGUUGCACAAAUAAUACACGAUUGUUGGGAAAGUGAUCAAAACAAGCGCCCAUCUUUUGCACAGCUUAUGUCAGCUCUCAAACAAUUGCAGCGAUUAGUUGUUCCAGUAAGCUGAUUAUUCCCAAUGCUGUUGCGAAGUAAGCAAAGAACAAGGGCCAUAGCGAGCAAAGAGACACUAGCAUUUCCACCCAAAUCUGGAAAAAAGUGGAACCGGAAAAUAUAGGAAAUAAUUUUUAUACUCAAGAAUCAUUACAUAGGUUCAAGAUCUGAUUACUGCAGGUUCUCUGUUUCUCUUUUUUGGCAAAUGAGACGAUUUCUCUGAAGCUGUGCGAAGUGCAGUGGAAGAAGCAAAUUCGGUAGCUUAAUUUGGCAGUCAUGGAGCAAUGCUAAGUGCGCUGCGCCAUACCGAGUGUAUCGUGUCUUUCUUUAAUUUUCUAUCAGAUUCUGAAAUCGGUGAAUCUGAGAGUGAUUGUAAAAGGUUGUGUUUGUGGAAUUGCUUUGGGAAAAGGAAAAAAAAAGAAAGAAAGAAAAGGUACAGAACAGUAAAUUGUUGGGGGUGCAAAAAGUUGCAAUUCCCCAUUAAUAAAAAUCAUUCUCUGUUUUAAUUCACUUCA